AUGUUCCACAGCAAACUCGGUCGAUGCUGUCAAGGCAUCCGGCUGAGACGUCGCCCGCCCGCAAGGCCGUUUUCUUUGGAGUUGAAUAAACCUCCACCCUGGCGGCCAGGCUCGGUUCUCGAUGAAUGGGUGGAGCGAGACGUGAGACCAAUAAGUCUUCGACAAUUGACCUUCUUCGGUCGUACCUUGACGGAAAAUCGACUGAUAAGCUCCGCGAAUUAUGUCCGUACGGAGCUUCCUACGAGAUUGGCGCAUCGGCUCCGCGAUAUGCAAAGACUUCCAUACGUCGUGGUCACCAACCCGCACCUAUCACAUGUCUACGAGCUUUACUACAAAGCCUUUGAACGGUUUCGCAGUAUUCCGGAGAUUCGAACACUGGAAGACAAUGACCGCUAUUGCGACAUGCUACGGAAGACGCUCAAAGAGCAUUUGACCGUGAUUCCCAAUCUCGCUAUGGGCGUGAUUGAAUGUCAGGAGCUGGUCAAACCGGACCAUAUGGAUCAGUUUAUGAAUACUAUGCUGCGUGCGAGAAUCUCUCGACGUGUUAUUGCCGAACAACAUCUCGCGCUCACCGAUACCUUCAACUCCCCAUGGCAUUUCCCUGAAUCAAAUUCGCGCACAGACCUGAAUGCCGAUUUUGUUGGAGAGGUGUUCUUGAAGUGCAACGCCAAGAACGUGGUCGAACGAUGCGGUAAGUUGGCGCAAGACCUGUUGCGGCCUACACUUGAGUCUGGCCAAAAGAUCCCGGAGAUCACAGUGCAGGGCCACCUGGAUGCCAUUUUCCCAUAUAUUCUCGGCCACCUGGAAUACAUUAUUGGCGAAAUCCUUCGGAAUUCUAUCCAAGCGGUCACAGAAAAAUACAAAAACUGCGCCGGAAACCCACCGCCGAUUGACGUUCUCAUCUGCGAAGCUCCACAACACGUCAUCAUUCGCGUUUCUGAUCAAGGUGGAGGUAUUCCACGAGAUAUCUUGCCCUAUCUAUGGUCCUUCUGCAAAGGGCCCCGAACAGAGGCACGCCUCCACAACCUUGGCAAAGUCCCUACUCUCGCAGCAACCAUGCAAGAACUAAAGGUAUCCGGCUUUUCGCAGCCAAGCAAUAAACCAGAAGCUGAAAAUGCAGCAAGAGAGCACCCCUACCAUGAAAGUUCACUUUCGUCUCUUAGUUCAAGGCCGCCUAAUUUACGCCUAGGCAUGGGCUUGCCAAUGAGCCGGGUAUAUGCAGAGUAUUGGGCGGGAAAUCUGGAGGUUCACAGCCUUGAAGGGUACGGGGUGGAUGCAUUUCUCCAAAUAUCAAAGUUGGGGAAUAAGAAUGAACAAGUAACUACGAGGGCAUCAAUCGAUGCCGUCUAA